AUGUUUGAUGAAUCAUACGAUAAGCGAAAGUUAAGUGAAAUAUUUUCACAAAUGAAAUUUUUCAAUGUUGACAGUAUUCAAGUGACAUACGGAUACGAAAAAAUAUUAAUUGAUUAUGAUUAUGACUGUUAUGUUGAGAAAAAAUCGAAAAGAUUCUAUUUAUUAAACAAAUAUCAUUAUUCCUAUAGUAUUGAAACAGUGAUAAAAUUCAUUAUUGAUGAUACUGUUGCAGAAUGUCAUCAUAAACGUGACAAACUGCAGAAGUAUUAUAAAAAGUUAUUAGGCGCCUAUGCAAAGAACCAAUUAGAACAAAAUAUAGUCAAUGAUCGUGAUUCAUUAAAGCCAAUUUGGAUAAUAGAUAUCGACAAUGGUGAUGAAAGUAAUAACGGCGAAGAUGCAGUCAAACUAGAAGAAAAUAUUAAUGACCAGGACUCAGACACGGAUAUUGUUCUUGACUCAGCAUUAGCUGAUAAAAUACUCAAUGAAGAAAAAAUUCUUAUACCGAAAUCCAAACAGAAGACAAGCUCUCAAUCUACGAAUACUUCAAAUUUGGAUACCAAUAUCAACAGUACAACAAGCAAGUCCACAGGGCAAAGUAGCACUAGCAGCGAUGAUCAAUUAAGAAAUAAUCAAGAAAAUGAGCAUCAUAGAAAAGACACCACUUCGACCUUCAUACCGAAGAAACAAAACAUAGUCAAAUUUCAACAUAUUGAUCUCCCUGAUUUAGAGAUAUCGGAUGAAAAUGUUUUAGUAGAAAACUCUAACAAAUCAGUGGAUGAAGAAAUUCUUAAAAGAAUAGGGCGUACAGGAGAACGAUGGGCAUAUGAAUACUUGAAAAAUUCAUAUCGUACUAAAGAUAAUGUAUCUGUCAAAUGGUUAAAUGAAACUUUUGAAACAGGAUCACCAUACGAUAUUGAAAUUAAAUUUAUUGAUAACUCUCAAGAUACUCAACGAAUUGAAGUUAAAACAACUACAAAACAUUAUGACAAUUAUCAGUUUUCAAUAUCAAUACAAGAAGUUGAAGAAAUAUUACUUAACCCUAACACAUACUACAUAUACCGGAUCAAUUUAAGUACACGUUCGUUGAUCAUUAUAGAUAAUAUAACACAGAAUUUAAGCGACAAGCGACAAUUACAACUACAAAUGAAUGUUUUAAAACUGGAAGAUUUUAAUGAAACAUAA